CGAGAAUGAUGUUCGACCCACCGGAUUUCCCCUACAAGGAAUUAUCGGACACUCUACGAGACCACUACGACUCCGACUAUCUUCUUUUCAAUUCUGAUGCAGUUGCAACAGAUUCAACCAAUAUUAAUAAAGAUCUAGCCGAUGUUGCUGAUCAAAUGCUUACGAGUGUAGGCAAUCAGAUAGUCUUUGAUUCUACUAAAAACUUGAAUGAAGGAGUGUCAUCUUUUCUGACUAAUACCACGAACAUUGAGCAAAAUACAGAACUAUUUAUAGUUCAGUCGGAUAAUUUACUUAAUAAUUUUGAACCAACUUUACUUGAUGAUAACACGGUGAAUCAAUUCUUAUUGCCGCUUCAAGUUUCAGCGAGCGCGAAUAAGGACACUGAAGAUACUGGGCCCGACUUGUUAGCAUUACACUCCUGCGUCAUUUGCCACGAGAUAUUUACUACGGACUCGGAUCUUCUGGACCAUACAAUUUCAUUCCAUACCUCUGACCCGGUCUUGGAUGCUCUUCCUAGCAGUUCACCAGCUGACGCUAUAGAUCUACAGCCAAAGUUACAAGAUAUAAGCCAUCCAACCGACAUAGAUUUUGAAUCCUACUGGCUGGUUUGUGGCAUCUGUGAACGUGUAUUAUCUACAGCUUUAGAAACAGAACCUACCGAGCAACUGUGCUGCACCACAAGCGAUGGCAAGACCAGUGUGUCACCUCGGAAGCUUCUCACCAUGUACGUCUGUGACUUCUGCAACGGUCUGUUCGCGGACGCCGAUGCCUUGGACAGACACCGGUUGACUUGCUAUGUUCCUGAGCAGAGUCAAAGCUUCUAUCCACCGGCAGAAAAUUCAAGCGCCACCACAAACGACCAGCUAUGCUGCGCCUGCGACACUUGCGGCAAACGCUUCUCAACCAUCGAGGAGCUGAAGAUGCACACCUUAGGAUGCCUUCAGGUCGUCAAUAAGAGGGAUCGACGGUCUUACAGCAAUGCUACUAGCAGCAAAAUGUGGAAUUGCGGGUCUUGCAACCAGCUAUUUGCCACUGCAAGGGAACUCUACCGUCACAAGCGCGGAGAAGACCGGCCGUCGGGCGCGCCUCUCAUGGCGUACGUGUGUGAAGAGUGCGACAAGGUCCUAGGCAGCAUGUGCGCGUUGCACACGCACAAGAAAAUGCACAAGGUGUCUAAGCCGGGCUACCCAUGCCGCGUGUGCGGACGCCGCUUCAACCAGUCGGGGCACCUCGCGAUCCACAUGCGCAUGCACACCGGCGAGCGGCCCUACCCUUGUGACCUCUGCCCAAAGGCCUUCAAAGUCAAGGUGGAGCGCGACGACCACCGGCGCACGCAUACCGGGGAGCGCCCGUUCGCGUGCGCGGCGUGCCCGAAGACGUUCACUGCGGCUGCGCGGCUCCGCGAGCACGCUAGGAUACAUACUGAUCAGAGGCCAUACCGGUGCGACAUAUGUGGGGCCGCCUUCCGUCGUCCGUACGCUCGCACCGUACACACCCUCAUUCACACUGGAGAGAAGCCACAUGAGUGCGAUGUGUGCGGUACCACGUUCAGGCGCUCUGGCGAUAUGUGGAAGCACAAGAGAACCCUCCAUGGUGUCCAAGCAAGCGGGGAAGCUGAAUUGAAGAGCUAAGAGAUUCACAAUGACUAUACCUGUGCCAAAAUGAUAUAUCCCAUCCGGUUUCUCUCUCGCACACAUGCC